AUCCAUUUGUUAUGCUCGAACAUUUUGCUUAGCAUUGCUAUUGUUGUUGUUUCAGUGCCAACUCAAGGGAAGCCGGUUUGGAACGUAAUUCAGAUAUAGAUAUUUUGGUGUUUGGAUCAGUGUGGUGUUUAAGUUUCUAGAGAUUGGAAGUGUGUUUGUUGAGGCGUUUCAAUUGAAAAUACAUUUAUCUAUCAAUUAUUAAAAAAGUUAUAUGUAUAUUCAUACUGUAACUGUCUAGUGACAUUUGUGUAAGAAUGCAAGCAUAAAAAUGCUAUUAAAAAUAUGCAUAACAGAAAUACCGAAUCAGAAAGAAACUUCGUGUUUUUAAUACAAUGUAAAGUAAAUAUUCAAUACUACGAAUCAUACAUAUGGAUGCCUGCAUAUAUAAUUCGUGUGUGCUUGCAAUAUAAGCAAAAAUACAUGUGAAUUGUUUGUUUGUGUGCGAGUUGUGCAGCUGUGUGUGAGUUUUACCAUUUUUGUGAUUUGACGCGUAGUGUUUAUUACAAAAUGUCCAGGGAAGAGGAAGAAGAGGAAGUUCGUUCACUGCUUUUGCGGCAUAAGGACCGUAUAAUGCUCGACUUGUGUGAAACGGACCUUUUGACGAUCCUUGUAAAGAACACAGUGUUAACGCAGGCCGAAGAAGAUUUGCUUUUGAGAACACAUUCUGCAGCAUCUGCUGCGUCCAGUGCUCCACCUAGCGCCGUUGUUAUUAAACGGAAAUUAAGCACUGCUGUUAGCAGCGGCAGCGGCAGUAGCAGCAGCACAGUUACUAGUUACGGUGAUGGUGUGUUAGGUGAGGACGUCUGCACCAGUACAGCUGGAUGGAGUAGUAAUAAUUCUCAUAGUGCUACUGUGAUAGGCGACAACGCACAAAGUGAUAAUCGUUCUGCUACACCGUCACUUGUGAAUAUUAGUGAAACAGAUGGCAUCAUUGGUACUAGUGCUGACCAAAGUAGUGAAAAUAAUUGCGAAGAAGAUUUGAAAUUAAAUUUAAAUUCAUUAAAUGAUGCUGACAUAUAUCAAGAACAAUCUACAAAAUUAAUAGAAAUCAUCGCUAAAGGUGGAUUUAUUAAAUUCAAGCAGUUCUGUUAUGCAAUCGACAAUGAAUGCCCGAAACUUAUUGAGGAUCUAUUCAAUGAUAAGGAGAAAUGUGAUGCUGCAGUUAAUAACACCUCACCAUGUGAAAAUAAAAUUCAAAAGGAUUUGGAGCCCAUCGAUUGCAUAGAGAAAGAAAAGGAAAACGAUCGCAAUCGACGAGCAGUUAGCUAUGUUGGUACAAGUCGCGAUGUUGGUUCGUUGCAACGUGCUCCACGUCGGAUAUCACUUAUGAAAGAUCCUCCUCCGCCUCCACCACCAAAACCGACUCAACUUGCGCCAGUAAAAAACGUCUCGCUCACCCCACCCCUGCGUAGUAAUUACGAGCAGUCUGAUUAUAAUCUUAUCCAGAAACUCGACUCGAAUACCGGAUUAACAUCGACCGCCCAAUAUCAAUUGCCGAACUUUUAUGUAAACACUAGAGGGAGUUCAGAGACCUAUACAAUGGUCAGUAACAGCAAUAAUUACUCAUCGCUGCUAUGUCAUUCCAACUCAGCGUCCAGCCCUACUGGUGUGCGAAAGCGUGAGAAACUUCUUCAUCGGUUUAGUGACGCUGCCACUUUGGGCCGUAAAUUAAAGAAGAAAAAGAAUACUAAUAGAACGUGCCGUUCGAUGACUGAAGCCAUUGAGAUGCUUGCCGAUCCCGUCAUAGAGGAUGAAUUCUUUGGUGAUCGUACAACAUGGGAAUACCACACGGUUUCUGUGACACGUGUUCCGGGAUAUGGAUUUGGUAUUGCAGUUUCAGGCGGUCGCGACAACCCACAUUUCGCCAAUGGUGAUCCAUCUAUAGCUGUAAGCGACGUUCUAAAGGGUGGUCCUGCCGAAGAUCGUUUGCAAGUUAACGAUCGUAUAAUAUCGGUGAAUGGAGUGUCUUUAGAAAAUGUUGAAUAUGCCACUGCUGUUCAAGUCUUAAGGGAUAGCGGCAACACCGUAGCGCUUGUGGUUAAACGGCGUGUGCCUAUUAGUUCCAUCGCACAGAAUCAUCAUUCCCAUAGCAUGAGCUCGGUAGGGGCAAUUGCGUCGAAUGUAAACGGCGCACCAAUUCAAGCAGCGGGCUCGAUACCUAACGCCAUGAGUCCACCGAUACCGAUGAAUACCGGUUUUGUGCAAAAUAAUGCAGCGCAACCCAUCAAAGUUACCCUCUCAAAAGGUAGCAAAAAGGACGACUUUGGCAUUGUGCUUGGCUGCAGAUUAUUCAUUAAAGAAAUUUCAACGAGAGCGCGUGACCAAUUAACGGCCAAUGGCUAUUCGCUGCAAGAAGGUGACGUAGUUACGAGAAUACAUAACACAAAUUGUGGGGACACAAUGAAUUUGAAGGAGGCAAAAAAAAUUAUAGAUGGCUGUAAGGAGCGUUUAAACUUGGUGGUUUUACGCGACAUCACCAAUCAGGCGGUAACAGCAAUGACCAAUCAGUUAAAUAACUCGGCAACACAAUCGAACUUAUAUAUCAGCCACCAAGCACAGAUUUCCAACUGCAGUAAUAAUUUGGAUGAUCCAUAUUUGGGAGGUGCUAAUUACUCAUCUCAAAAUUUAUAUGUUCAACCGCCGACUCGUUCGAUGAUGAAUGGUGCAGCAAAUGGAAUAAAUGAGGAAAAAAGUAAUCUGACACCAAGGGGUCGUUCACGUGGCCCUAUCAUGGAUGGUGUUUCACUCUUACAGCUCGACCGUCCAGUAACUCCUCCAAAUAGUAACCGUGCACGAAGCGACGAGCCGCCGCGACCACCUCCUCCUCGUGUCAAUGGUAAUGGGAGCACAGAGGACUUUUAUAGUACACGUCGACAAGUAUUCGAGUCAGAUCAAAUGGCACAUUCGCGACAGUCGUCGGAGCCACGAUUUAUAUCCUUCCAAAAAGAGGGAAGCGUGGGAAUACGACUGACGGGUGGAAACGAAUCUGGAAUAUUUGUUACGGCCGUUCAACCUGGUUCCCCAGCAUCUUUGCAGGGACUUGCUCCUGGAGAUAAGAUCCUUAAAGUCAAUGAUAUGGAUAUGCAUGGCGUAACUCGUGAAGAGGCUGUUCUUUUCCUACUCAGCUUGCAAGAUCGGAUUGAUUUAAUUGUGCAAUUUUGCAAGGAUGACUAUGAUGAGGUGGUGACGAAUCAGCGUGGUGAUUCUUUUCAUAUUAAAACCCACUUUCACUGCGACAAUCCUUCGAAAGGUGAGAUGGCGUUCAAAGCCGGAGACGUUUUUCGUGUAAUUGAUACACUACACAAUGGUGUUGUUGGCUCAUGGCAAGUACUGAAAAUAGGUAGAGGACACCAAGAGAUGCAGCGCGGAGUUAUACCUAAUAAAUCCCGAGCUGAAGAAUUGGCAACUGCACAAUUCAAUGCAAACAAAAAGGAAAUGAAUUCAAAUGAAUCUCGCGGAAAUUUCUUUAGAAGAAGGAGAUCCACUCAACGCCGCUCAAAGAGCCUUUCUAGAGAAAAUUGGGAUGACGUUGUUUUUGCCGAUAGCAUAUCAAAAUUUCCUGCAUACGAACGAGUUGUUUUGCGUCAUCCCGGAUUCGUUCGACCGCUUGUACUUUUUGGUCCAAUAUCUGAUUUGGCACGUGAAAAGCUUGCUAAAGAUUUCCGCGACAAGUUCUCUGUACCUCUACAAGAUGACGAUAAGUCGAAUUCAAAAUGUAGAAUAGUGCGCUUGUCAAAUAUACGGGAUAUAAUGGAUCGCGGCAAACAUGCCCUACUGGAUAUAACUCCGAAUGCGGUUGACCGCCUAAACUAUGCGCAAUUCUAUCCGAUUGUUAUAUUUUUGAAGACUGACAGUAAACAUGUCAUUAAGCAAUUGCGACAUGGAUUGCCUAAAUCGGCACACAAGAGCUCGAAAAAAUUGCUAGAACAAUGUCAAAAGCUCGAACGUAUUUGGUCACAUAUAUUUAGCACCCAUAUUGUGUUAAACGAUGAAGAAUCAUGGUAUCGAAAGCUACGCGAUGCAAUUGAUCUGCAGCAAAGUGGAGCGGUGUGGAUGUCUGAGUCGAAGCCUAUUGAGUCCCUGUCCGAUGAUUUCCUUUUCCCCAUGACCACCUCCCGUUUAUCGUACGCAUCGAGUCCGGAGUCCGAUUUGGAAUUAAGUCCAGGGCCAUCGACAUCAUUAUCCCUUGGCAAUUUGCCGCAAUUGGUUAAAUCGAGUUCAGAUCCAUCAAUUGCCACUAAUCAGGAUAACUUGGAUAGGGAUAGAGAUACAGUUGGUGAUGGACUACCACCUCCAUAUACGGUUCCGUACGAACAUGCUGUUAAUUCACCUUUAAAUGUUCGACAAAACAUUGAAGCCAAUAAGUAUGAGUCUUAUGCGACACGAUCAAGUAAAAUUGGCACAGGCGGCGGAGUGACCGAUCCUUCAACACGACCACAAUCUUUGUAUGGGAUACAUGCGCCAGAUCUACCACCGCGUAUCGAUCGUCAAUUGAAACCAGGUUUGGUAGAGAUACCCCCAUCUUCUAGAACGAAUAGUUCGGGUGGAACGUUGGGCCGAUCAGCUCAAGAUCGUCUGUUUGGCAAAGCGAUUGUCAAUGACGAGGUGCAAGCUGAAUACAUCUCUCGCAAUGUUAAUGACUCAAUCGAUCGCCAACACUCUUCAUUAGAGCGACAAGCACUUCUCAAUGCAGCCAUAUCUACCCAACCAAGUAUUGGCAACAAAGCCACACAGCCAAAUGUCAAUUCGUACGAUAGCAGACUUGGGCCGAAUGCUCCCGAUGAUCUUAAGUCAGUACCGAAUGCAAGCCGUCCGCUACCAGAUGGCAUUGGCUCUAAGGGUGUGGACUAUGCCCGCACCAACCACGACCAUCGAAAUUUUUCAGGUCCCAAUGAUCUUAAUCGUCAAAGUCCAGCCAGAGCUACUUACCAUGAGGCCAAUACAGCUAGAAAUAUCGAUUCGCGUAACGGACAAUUGCAUCGACCAUCUAAUUUGGGACUUGAGAACAGUCCACGUAAACCGGUAGUUGAAACAAAAACUGACUAUGGAAAGUAUAGCCGCAAUAACUCCGUUACACAAGCUGAUUACAACAAACUGCCGAAAAAUCCACAUUUGAUUGUACCGACAUCGAAUAUAAACAAUAACGCCAGUAAUGGAUCAUCGACAAAUGGUACUGGCCCAUUUAAACCAGUUCCCCCACCCAAACCCAAAAACUAUCGCCCACCAAUGCAAGGAGGUAACAGCACAGGUCAGUGGGAAAGUGGGGACUCGAGCUCUCCGCGUUCACCAAAUGGAUUUUUUUAUUCGUCUUUGGCAGCUUCUCAUCAUCAUUACUCCCAGCAAACACCUGGCUCACCAGGCCCUGGUAAUAAUAAUAACAACUGCAUGCAAUCAACAUAUAGCAGCGGUGGCAAUUACGUUCAACAGUCACAAUAUUCUGCUCCUCCAGUCAACGGAUAUGUUGGUAACCACCACUACAACGGCGGCAGUGGUACAGGGCCUUAUAUUGCUCCACAUCGAGGCAUGCCAGCUCCAAUUGGAAAUAUUCCCUCACAUACACCUGAACGAAACCCACUAGAUUUGGCUGGCAGUCGAGAGCAGCGCGGAUCCGCAUUUGAAUUAUACCGCAAACCUCAAAUUGGCACAACAGCGCACCAUCACAACAUGAGCGAAAUGGAGCCAUAUGAAGAAAGAUUUGAGGGUUGUUAUGCGAUGUCACCACCUCCCCCGCCACCAGGUCAUCCAUGUUCACGUUCAAUCUCCAGUUACCCAGGUCAAAUAGCUGCACCACAACCGUCUCCAAAUCAUAAUGCUGAUUAUUACACUUAUCAAAUGCCUAAAAAGUCUUACCUAGAAAAUAUAAUGCCUCCACCUUUGCCACCGCACAAAACGAAGAAGAAAUCAGUAUUGAAAAGUCCUUUGGUGGCUAUUAAAAAUGCUUUUAUUAAAACAACAAAGCCUCUAAGGCGUAUGAACAGUAUGGUUGAACCAGAACGAAGGCCGAAGUCAUUGAUUAAACGACAGCAUUCAAUGCUUGAACAUGGUAUGCAAAGACCCUACUACCCAGAUGAAUACCCCACAUAUCCAGCUGGAUUUGAGGAUCGAUAUUUCCAUGGAUCGCAGAGAAGUGGGAUGGCUUCCCAUAACAUGAUGCCAAGAGAAAAAUAUUAUAGACAACGAUAUGACGGUCAUUACCAGCAUGACUUAAUAAAUAGUACAUAUCAAAAUUUAGAAAGUGAAGAUAUAUAUGGAAAUAUUGGUACGGUUCCUCGAAAAUAUAGAGGCUCGACAGAAGAGUAUACAAUUUCCGAACAUGAAGAUUUAUAUGCAAAUAGAGCUUUUAUUGAUUUGGAACGCCGACAGGCUGAGGCAAUAGCGGCUGCUAAUCGAAACGGUCGGAAAAUAAUACGACGGCAUAGUACCACGACAGCCGACCACAUUGGUCGUAAAAUACCAGUUUUUGAUUCUUCCAUUGGGUCAGGCUAUAAUCAGGGCGUAUAUAAAAGUAAAAUGGAUGCUUUUAAUCCACAAAAUCACCGUAGAGCUCCAAAUUCAGAACUUAUGACACGCAGACAUUUUUAUAGUUCGACCGUGAACGAAAUGGUGGAACCAACUUAUCAAUACCACAAGGAUCUGCCACGCGAUGUUCGACGAAAUCCACCGAAUGAAUUUAAAAAAGAGAUUCAGGGAGGGAAUAGGGAGCAAGGUUGCAGUUCACAUAGUAGUAGUCAAUCAGAGCGUGAUGACAAAUCCGAACGUGAAUCAAUUUACCAAAGUAAACGUGAAGUCAAAGACAGUGCUUUAAAAACACGUGCUCAGUUAAGGGAUCAAAUUUACCAAACGCGUCGGGAAGCAUUAGAUAGCAUGGCUGAACCAAUAUAUGUUUCCAGAAAAAAGGAGACUGUUCGUCCAGAGCCUAUAUAUGAAACUAAGGAAGAAAGUAUUUUGCAUUCACGUGAAAAUGAGACUGAUGAGAAGAAAGAAGAGUAUACUGAUUGUGCGAUUUCUGAAGGAAAUCAAAUGAACGAAGCCUUAAGUCGAUCAGACCUUCAGAAAUCCUCAGACACAAUAAUCGAAAAUACAGUAGCACAAUCGCCCGAUUAUCCAGAAACUAAAGCCCCUCUUGUUCAAAGUGAGGAUAUAGAUGAUGAUUUAGAUGGCACAGAUAAGGACGAGGCAACAUUGUGCAAACUUCCCAGCAACGAAUUAAAAGAAAGCGAUGCAGUAAUGCAAACAUCAAGUAACGAGUCUCGUGACCUCUUAGACGAAGUAUUUCCUUUAGUUGUAGAGGGGCCACCAAUAAAAGCUGUAGAGUCACCACAACCAACUAAAUGUAUAAACACUCGUCCACCACGUGUACCAUUUCAUAUUUCAAAUAUUUUAAAACGCACAGGACCUCCACCUAACGCAGCUAUGGCAGACAGCCGUACAUCUCUAGAAACACAAUACACAUCACAAGCAAGUUUACCUGUAGGCCCACCAAAAGCAAGUAGUACACCUUAUACGAGUAACAUAUCGUUACCGAUAGCUGGACCUAUACCUACAACAGCUCCGCCUAUUGCAGCUACAUCAUCUACAGAUGCAUUUCCAUCCAUCCCAUGUGAGCCCAGCACCACACGUGGAAUCUUUGAUUCGAGUGGAGGAACGCUAGCGGACGCUGUUUGGAAUGUUUCUCUCCAGAUACCACCGGGCGCCAUCCAAACUGGCGUGAGACAAGAAAUAUAUUUCACAGUUAGUGAUCCAAGGUUGGGAGAAGCCGUUGGUGGACCCCCACUGGAUAUGGAAAACGGUGAAACAAUGUUAUCUCCCUUAGUAAUGUGUGGUCCACAAGGGCUCGAAUUUCUUGUGCCAGUAACACUUAACAUUCCACAUUGUGCGGGCAGAACAGCAUCAUUGGGAUUGGCGUUGAAAGCGACCGACAGCGAGAAAAACUUACAUACGGAGUGGGACAAUAUCGACUUACCAAGCAACGCAGCUGCUCAUACAGUCUCAGUGAAAGUGGAUCAUUUCUAGAAUAUCAAAUUUUGUAUUUAGUUUAAGACGUAAAUAUCGUAUUUAUUUAUAAGAGUCAUUCUAUCGAAAUUUCUCCACCAAUAAUCAGUAUCCGCAAAUAUUUAGUAAUUAAAGAAAACAGAGUGUAUUUGUAAAUAACAAAAUAUUUUUACACAGACAAUAUUACAUCCAUAUGUUUGCAAUAUGCUGAAAAGUGCAAAAAUAUUUGUGCCUUUAAUUAGGUAUUUUAACACAAAAUAUGUUAGGACCCAAAAUGUGUAUAGUUGUUAGAAUGAUUUCAUUAAUAUAAAGGUUAAUACUUGUAUGUCAAUAAUAAGAAUAUGACAGGAUCGUAGACAAUUUUAAGGUUCUCUUCAUAAGCAUAAACUAAUUGGAAAGUAUUGUAUGCUAAAUACAUACAUAUGUAUGUAUAUAAUAAGUCUUCAAAAAUAUCAUUAAUAUGCGCAUUUUUACAUACUAAUUUAACGGUUUACUUAUUUUGAAAAUAAAUACUAAACUUCUUAUAAAA